GUCUGUCUCUCUCCAAACACAGAUGGCUGCUGGACCCGCGUAAACUGGAGAUCACGAAGAGGUCUCUUUCCAGACUUUACCCUGAAAAUAAUUGUGUUGUCAAAGGACAAAGCAUGGCUUUUGAGGGGAUCAAGAGUAAAGGAGGAAUAGACUCGGGGAUGGAUGGGGACAGAGGCCUGGUGGCCGGUCGGAGCCAAAGAGAGAAGAGGAGGUCCUAUAAGGACCUGUUGAGGGAGGAAGAGGAGAUCGCUGCACAGGUGCGAAAGUCCUCCAAAAAACGACCAAAGGAUCAGGAGCUUUUCAUGCUGGGAGGAGACUCGCAUAAAAAGAAGAAGAAGCACAGCGAUGAUUACUAUUACAGAGAUCAUGACAGCUUGGGCCCGCCUCCUCAUAAGAAGAAGCACAAGUCUGCAGACCGCUCUCCGACAGUGUCCUCUCCGGCGGCGGCCCACCCCACAGACACGGCCAUGGGCCUCCUGCAGGCCAUCACCUCCCCUCUUGCCACCGGUUCAGACCCAAACCCUCAUCUGCACAAGAAGCCUUCCUACCCCUCCUUCUCGUCACACUCCUCCAAGGACCGCAAACGGGAGAGUGGCAGCGGUGGCAGCGGGUGCAAAGGUGGCCACUCCUUCUCUCAUUCACGCCCCGCCUCCUCCUCCUCCUCCUCCUCCUCCUCCAAGAAGCACUCAUCCUCCAAAUCGUCCCUGUUCCAUGGUGGAGCUCCCAAAGAGGAGCCUCUGACUCUCCGUGAGGCCGACGGGCUGAAGAUGAAGCUCAUCAUGUCUCCAGAGAACGAGGAACCCAAGAGCUUCCCGUUCAUGCCGCACUCGUCCAAAGGAAGCGUGAAGAAAGAGAAGAGCAGGGAGCGCUCACAACCUUCAAAGUCUCCAAAGAAGAAGCUGCUGCAGAGUCGUGAGCCACUACCUGUGGUGGGCAAGGAGGUGGAAGUGGAAGGUCACUAUGGAGGAGGCAUGGCAGAAGAGAGUUCCUCCUCUGGAGGAGAGCUGGAGGCAGGCGAACUGGUGAUUGAUGACUCCUAUACACACUUGUCCAAAAAGAAAAAGAAAAGCAAGAAAAGUAAGAAGAAAAAGGACAAAGAAAAAGACAGAGACAAGGAGAAGAGUGGGAAGGACAAGAAGCACAACAAAGCGUUCGGAGACUCAUCACGGAGCCACAGUCACUCCCACCCCACCGUUACCCACAGUGCCGUUGGGCCCAUGUACGCCAUGGGCACGCCCAUCCCCCCACACCACCAGCAAGGCAGCGACACUGUUCCAGAGAAGAAGAAGAAGAAAGAGGAGAAGGACCGGGACAAGCACGACAAGGACAAGGAUAAGCCCAAGAAGAAAAACACCACAGCCUAUCAGGUGUUCUGCAAGGAGUACAGAGUCAACAUCAAUGCAGAACAGCCAGGACUGGUGUUUGGGGAGCUCAGUAAAAAGCUGGCAGAGGUGUGGAAGGCCAUGCCAGAGAAAGACAAGCUGGUGUGGAGACAGAAAGCUCAGUACCUGCAGCACAAACAGAACAAGGCAGAAGCCACCACCGUCAAACACAAGAGCAGCAGUGAAAGUAAAAGCAAAGUCAUAACAGCCGGGACAGGAAUAGUGUCACCGACCCGAGCACCUGCAUCCGUGUCCCUGUCCCCAGCCCGAGUGCCAGAUGUUGAUCCCAUUGAUGCGGCUGCUCACCUUCAGCUGCUCGGAGAGUCGCUGUCCCUGAUUGGUCACCGUCUCCAGGAGACCGAGGGGAUGGUGGCUGUGUCGGGCAGUCUGUCUGUCCUCCUGGACUCCAUCCUCUGUGCGUUGGGACCGCUGACGUGUCUCACGGCUCAGAUCCCUCAGUUGAACGGAUGUCCUCGAACUGUCCUGUCAAACACAUUGGACAACAUAGCCUACAUCAUGCCUGGACUGUGAAUCCUGGACCGGGCCAGGAGCCAGGACCCAGGAGCCAGGAGCUGUCCUCCUGGAGCACCACAUGUCAAAACAGCUGUUUUUUUAGGGUCAAUAUGUUUUUUAACGUUUAAAUGAUGUCACCUUUUAGCAGACCUGCUUUUACUGUUACUCGACAAGUCUCUUGCAUGAAUGAGUGAGUGUUUGAAUGAAAAAAUGUGUUUAGCGCUGACAGGACUUUGUACAGCACCAACCUGCUCAGCUUCUUCAUCAACAUACGUACGUAGUACUUGUUUUAUACUUUGAUAUGUUACUGCCAACAGUGUGUAGUGUGAAGGAAAAAAUCAAACAAGAUGAGAGCAAUAAAAGUGAGCUUUCUAAAAAUCAACUGAACUCAUCCCCCUGCCUGCAGCUGAGCAGCUGAUCAUUACAGUAGGUUCAACAUGUACAUGUUCGCUAUAUUCCAGAUGUGCAACAGAUUCAGCAUGUGCAAAAGACUCCAGGUUUGCAGCGGAUUCAUCAUGUUCACCAGAUUUAACAUGCACUACAUUCCAGAUGUGCAGCAAAUCCAACAUGUGCACCAGAUUCCAGAUGUGGAAGAUUCAAUAUGUGUGGCAGCCAUUCCUCUCAACAAGUAUGUUUACAAAGAAGAAAUUAACAAAGGGAGGAGAAAUUUACAAAAAAGAAAAAAAAAAAAUUUGGUAAAUGGUAAAUGGUCUACACUUACAUAGUGCUUUCACACUGCAUUGACAAAGCCCAAAGCGCUUUAAGGUGCGUUCCCACCGGACGCGUUGCAAGCGUCACGGCGUCGCUUUUACAUUAGGUGCGUUCGACAUG